AUGUCUUUAGCUAACGGCAACGUAAUUAUUCAAAAAACUCAUUUCGGAUGGAUUCUGAGAGGAAAAACGCCUGGUGUAGCAGGUCCAAUUGCCGCCAAGUGCAAUUUAUCAUUCAAUUUAUUAAACAAGAAAAUUUGUGAAUUUUGGGAAAUUGAAAAUGGGCCUAACGAAAGAACUAAAUCUCACGAAGAAAGCGCAUGCGAAAUUCACUUCCAAGAAAAUACGCACCGCGAUUCCGCAACCGGCCGUUAUAUCGUGAAACUUCCGUUCAAGGAAGAUUCAAAUGGUCUCAGCGAGUCAUACUCUCAUGCACUCAAACGAUUUCACUCGCUAGAACGAUCGUUAGGUAGGAACCCUGAAUUAAAAGAUAAAUAUAUCACCUUUAUGAGCGAAUAUUCGGAAUUGGACCAUAUGCCUGAGGAUAAAUCUGCAUCGAUUUACGACUGUUAUUUUUUGCCUCAUCAUGCCAUAAUUAAACAAUCUAGCUUAACAACAAAACUUAGAAACGUUUUUGACGCGUCAGCGAAAACAUCCAACGGGAAUUCUUUGAACGAUAUACUCAUGAACUUGUGGCAAUUAAACAUCGGUUGGGACGAAUCGGUUCCACCUGAAAUAGAAGAGUCCUGGUUGGAUCUCAAACAAAAUUUAGCGCUCCUCCGAGAAAUCGAAAUCAAUCGAAAAAUAGUCGUCAAUAAUUAUGUCUCGCUUCAAAUGCACGGUUAUUGUGAUGCCAGUGAAAAGGCAUUCGGGGCCUGUAUUUAUUUUAGAUCAUAUGACAAACGCGGAAUGCAUUUUACUCAAUUGGUAUGCUCGAAAUCUAGAGUCGCGCCAUUGAAAACGUUAUCUUUACCCCGCCUAGAACUCUGUGCUGCAGUUCCAUUAUCUAAAUUAUACUCAACUGUCUCUCAAGCCUUACGAAGACUUCAUAUCGAAAAGACCAUUUUUUGGUGCGAUUCUACCAUAACGUUACAUUGGAUAAAUAGUCCCACUAAUACUUUGAAACCCUUCGUCGGAAAUCGAGUUGCGGAAAUCCAAUCGCUGACACAAUCUCUCGAAUGGCGGCACGUGCGCACCGAGCACAAUCCCGCGGACCUUGUCUCGCGCGGUCUCGCAUCGCAACAGCUUAUUAACAAUUCCUUCUGGUUUAAUGGCCCGGCAUGGAUUAAUGACGCUGAUGAAAAUUGGCCUGUAUCACAUUUAGAACCCAUUGAAAUCCCUGAAUUAAAAAAAACAGUUGUCAGUUUGGCAGUCAAUCUAGCACGCGUGAACGAUAUCACUAAUUCGCUUUUAGAGAAGGCUCAGUCUUUUAAUAAACUCAUACGUGUGAUAGCUUUUUCUCUAAGAUUUAUCAAUAUGAAGGUUCAUAAACAAAUAAUAAGGGGCCAACUUUCUUCAGCCGAACUUCAAUCAUCGACUAUCUGUGUUAUCAAAUUAGUACAGCGUGCAUCAUUCUUGGGUGAGAUUAAAAUGCAUGAAUCGAAAAAACGAAUCGAAGGGAGAUUAGUUUUACUCUCUCCUAUUUUGGAUUCGGAAGGUGUACUCAGGGUUGGCGGUAGAUUAAGAAAUUCCGAUCUCAAUUAUGGUCAAAAACAUCCGAUUUUAUUACUACAAAAUCAUAAUGUCACAGCACUUAUACGCGAUCAACACUUGAAACUACUGCACGGUGGCUCUCAAGCGACGCUUAAUGCUACGCGAAACAAUUACUGGAUUAUAAAUGGAAAAACAACGGUAAAAAAGGAAAAGAAAUUCCGAAAUCGAAUCAAAGUUAAAAUCUACGUCGCUAUUUUUGUAUGUUUGGCGACUAAAGCGGUACACAUAGAAGUGGUCAGUGACUUGACCACUGAAGCUUUUCUAGCAGGUUUGAGUCGAUUCUUUUCUAGACGCGGAAAGAGCGCGGACUUUUAUUCCGAUAACGGUACUAAUUUGGUGGGCGCAAAAAACGAAAUCGAUAGUAUUUGUAACUUUUUGAACUCUGAAGAACACAAUGAUACCAUGUCUCGAGUCCUCGCUAAUCAUCGCAUUAAUUGGCAUUGCAUCCCCCCACGUUCACCACACUUUGGUGGACUAUUGGAGGCUGCGGUGAAAUCCUUUAAGCGCCACUGGAUUCGCGUUAUCGGAGAAAGGGUUCUAACCUACGAAGAGUUUACAACGCUUGCAACUGAGGUAGAGGCUAUCCUGAAUUCACGUCCCUUGACCUCCAUACCCUCUGAUCCUAACGAUUUGACAGCUCUAACUCCAGGUCACUUUUUGAUAGGUGACUCUAUAAUAGGUGUACCCGAGCACGACCUGAAGGGCUUUCCGUCGGGAUGA